AUGGACAACAUCGACGAGGAAUAUGACCGGCUUGUUGAACACCUACACGACUGCGCUAAGAAGGCUGAGAGUCUUAAAACCACCAAGAGGCGCCUUUCUCUUGAAACUCUUGAGCUGAUACGCCAGCGGGGAGCAGCACGAGCCGUAGGGAACCAAGAACUCAUGUCCGAGCUCGCAAGGCUUUGCAGAGAGGCGAUAAAUGAAGACCUUAAAGAGAGAAGAGCAGAAGUGCUGGUUGAAGCUGCAGAGGCGGGGAAAAGCAUCCGCUAUGCCCGUCGAGACUUCGCCAGUCACAAAACGAGGAUGACUGCUCUCCGGAGCCCAAAGGGAACAGCCAUUGCAUCGAGAAGGAGGAUGGAGAAAAUCAUCUACGACUUCUACUCUGAUCUUUUCGACAGCCAUGUCCACUUGCCUCCUCACCAUCUGAGGGAAGACGGACAAGUCAUUCCAGAGGUUCUCCCGUCCGAAACACGACAUGCUAUCAUGUCGGUAAGAAAUCGUACGGCACCCGGUCUCUACAGAAUAAGACCAGAACACCUGAAGAGCCUUCCGCCAGUACUCAUCAACACCCUGGCGAGGCUCUUUACACGUUAUCUGUCGGAAUGCAAGGUUCCUAAACAAUGGAAGACCAGCAAGACCGUGUUGUUGUAUAAGAAGAGAGAUCCACAUGACAUCGGCAACUAUCGUCCAAUCUGCCUACUGUCCGUCAUCUACAAGCUCUUUACAAGAGUAAUCCUUAAUAGGAUUGAAAAAGUCUUGGAUGAAGGACAGCCAUGCGAGCAAGCAGGGUUUCGAAAAGGAUUCAGCACGAUUGACCACAUUCACACUGUUUCGAAACUCAUCGAGGUAUCACGAGAAUACAAGGUGCCGCUCUGUCUCACCUUCAUCGACUUAAAGAAGGCCUUCGACUCAGUUGAGACGGAAGCGGUCGUGGAAGCCUUGGACAACCAAGGCGUCCGUACUCAGUACAUAAAGGUACUUCGAGAGUUGUACAGUAACUUCACGACCGGAAUUUCGCCAUUCUACAAGAACAUCAUCAUUGACGUGAAGAGGGGGGUCCAACAGGGUGAUACAAUUUCACCCAAAAUAUUCACAGCCGCCCUCGAGAACGCAAUGCGAAAGUUGGAAUGGAACGACAUGGGAGUAAAGGUUGAUGGUCGGCAGCUACACCAUUUGCGCUUUGCUGAUGACGUCGUACUGAUAACACCUAGCAUCAGCCAAGCGGAACGAAUGCUGACCGAAUUUGACGAAACAUGUGGAUGCAUCGGUCUUCAGCUGAAUCUACAAAAGACGAUGUUCAUGCGGAACGGAUGGGUCUUGGAUGCCCUAUUCACGCUCAACGGAACGAACAUAUCCGGAUGCACUAGCUACGUUUAUCUGGGUCGGGAACUGAACAUGAUGAACGACCUGAGCCCCGAGCUGGGCAGGAGGAGACGAGCGGCUUGGGGAGCGUACAAGAGCAUCAAGGAUGUAGUUAAGAAGACCAGGAACACCCAGCUCCGUGCUCACCUCUUCAACACCACCGUACUUCCUGCUUUGACCUAUGCUUCGGAAACCUGGGCAUUUCGCAAGCAGGAAGAAAACGCGGUGAGCGUCAUUGAACGCGCAAUUGAGAGAGUGAUGCUAGGAGUAUCCCGUUUCACGCAAGUGAGGGACAGGAUUCGAAGUUCUCUCCUACGUCAACGAUCGAAGAUUAGAGACGCCGCCGCGUUUGCCAAGGAAAGUAAAAUAAGGUGGGCCGGACACGUGAUGCGCUUUAAUGACAACCGUUGGACCAGAGCCGUGAGGGACUGGGUUUCCCGCGAUAUUAAGCGCACUACAGGAAGACCGCCGACCCGAUGGUCAGAUUUCUUCACGAAGUCCUUCAAAGAAAAAUAUGAUGCUCUUCGUGUCCCACGCAAAAGGAGGAACCACUGGGCUACUCUAGCACGCGAUCAGGACAAAUGGAAGAAUUACUGGCGCCCGCUCGACCAGUUCGAAGAUCAACGGGAGUCAAGGUGA